CUCUCCCCAGCCCAAUUUGAGAGGAAAGGCCGAAAGGCAAAGGCGGUGUUGCGUUCUGCGUCCUUCUCCCGGGAGGCGGAGGGUUAGUUCCGCCGCCGGCGACGAUGGGCGGCGGCGAGGGCAAGUCGAGGAAGCGCCGCUCUUCCGCCGCCUCAGGGAAGGAAGAGGAGAGGGAGCGGAAGAAGAGGCGGGACAAGAAGGAGAGCAGGAGGAGCAGCCGAGACGGCAGAGGCAGCGACAGGGGCAACGACAAAGAGAAGGAUUCCAAGGAGAGGAGUUCCAAGGAGAAGGAGAAUAGCAAGCGAAAAGACAAGGAUGCGGUGAGUUCUCUAGACGAUUUGCAAGCUUUGUCAGAGGCUCAGAGCGUAGCAAAAUACUCCCUCUGUUCAUGGCUAACGCUUAACGUCUUCGUGCGUAUGAUGUACUUCUGGGGAAAGGCUAGUGUUGUGACGCCGUGCAGUGCAGCUGUCAGGCCCGAAGCCUGCAGCGACCCGGAGUACUACACUAAAAUCGCCGGCUACGUGGAAGUGGCGAGGGAGAUGUACGGGGCCGAUUACAAUCCGAGCCAGCACGACCUGGAUCCGGAAGUGGUCAUAAGGGCGGGAGGAGGCAAGAAGCAUGGUAGGUACUAUAUGGGGGAAGGCACCAUCGGUCUGACCACCACUCCCAACCUCGCACAGAUCAGGGCUCGAAGCACGAGGUCAAGUGCAAGUAUACACACUCGUCCAGAGCCUGCACGACCAGAGAUGAAGGCCCUUGCGGAGGAGUUAUACACGGUUGAGCAGAUGAAGCAGUGUAUACUGCAGGAUAUGGAGCAGUUUAUACCGCAUUGUCUCUUUGUCUCUUCAAGAACAAUAUGCAGGCGUAUUAUGCUCAAAAUAAUAUGGUGGCGCCUCCACCGGUGCUCAACACGCUAUUUCUUCAGGGUUCUCCACAAACUCCUCAUCAAUCUGACCAUGGGUCGAACGACCCUUCUUCUUCACAAGCAAGCCCUGCAAAGAACUCUCUUGGGGCAUCCGCUCCUCCGAUUGGCUGACUCCGAUGGCGGUGGCUCGUUCCUAGUGGGCCGGAAUGCAACGAAUGGGCUGAAACUACGGAGCCUAAAUGCAACGAAUGGGCUGGAACACACUUUUUCUAGGCUCAACAGGAGGCCGGGCUCUCCCCAGCCCAAUUUGAGAGCAAAGGCGGUAUUGCGUUCUGCGUCCUUCCGGUGGUCAUUCCCUUCUCCCGUAGGCGGAGGCUUAGUUCCGCCGGCGGCGACGAUGGGCGGCGGCGAGGGCAAGUCGAGGAAGCGCCGCUCUUCAGCCUCCUCAGGGGAGGGAGAGGAGAGGGGGCGUAAGAAGAGGCGGGACAAGAAGGAGAACAGGAGGAGCAGCCGAGACGGUAGAGGCAGCGACGAAGAGGAGGAGAAGAGGAGGAGGAAGAAGAAGAAGCAUGGCGACAAGGGCAAAGACAAAGAAAGGGAUUCCAAGGAGAGGCGUUCCAAGGAGAAGGAGAAGAGCAAGCAAAAAGACAAGGAUGCCGCUUUCAAAGAAAUAUCCAAAGAUGACUAUUUUGCAAAGAGCAAUGAGUUCGCGACCUGGUUGAAGGAAGAAAAAGGCAAAUAUUUCUCUGAUCUUUCUUCUGAGUCUGCUCGUGAUAUGUUCGUCAAGUUCGUGAAAGAAUGGAACAAAGGAAAGCUGCCAUCGCAGUACUAUGAGGGCAUUACUACUGGGCCACGGACAGCACACAAUUGGAACAUCAAGGUGUGAGACAGAUUCUGCUUCUCUGUGCAUGGCAUGGGGGCCUCAUGUGUAUUGUUGACGAAACUGCCGUGCCACUGCCUGUAGCAGUUCUUUUUUCAUCUUCAUCGUUUUUGUAUCUAAUCCUCUAUACAGAAUAGUUUGGUAUAAUUGUUCCUAGCACUGCUGGCAGACUUUUUUUGCUGACUAUUACUGACAGAUCUUGGCAAUGAGCAAACAACAUUUGCUGUAUGAGAAAAUGUUGGUAUUCAGGUGAUAAGUGGUGGCACGACCCUCGUUUUGUCA